UCGGAGGCGGCGGGCGGGGGUCUCGGCGCCAUGGCCGCGUCCGUGUUCUGCUGCCUGCGGUGCUGCCGGGACGGCGGCGCGGGGCACAUCCCCCUCAAGGAGAUGCCGGCCGUGCAGCUGGACACGCAGCACAUGGGAACGGAUGUUGUCAUUGUGAAAAACGGGAGAAGGAUAUGUGGGACAGGAGGCUGUUUAGCCAGCGCCCCUUUACAUCAAAACAAAAGCUACUUUGAAUUCAAAAUCCAGUCCACAGGAAUAUGGGGUGUUGGCGUCGCAACUCAGAAAGUUAACUUGAAUCAGAUUCCUCUUGGCCGAGAUGUGCACAGCCUGGUGAUGAGGAAUGAUGGAGCCCUGUACCACAACAACGAGGAGAAAAAUAGGCUGCCAGCAAACAGUCUUCCGCAGGAGGGAGAUGUGGUGGGUAUUACAUAUGACCAUGUAGAACUAAAUGUAUAUUUGAAUGGAAAAAAUAUGCAUUGUCCAGCAUCAGGUAUACGAGGGACAGUGUAUCCAGUUGUUUAUGUUGAUGACAGUGCAAUUUUGGAUUGCCAGUUCAGUGAAUUUUAUCAUACUCCUCCACCUGGUUUUGAAAAAAUAUUAUUUGAACAGCAGAUCUUCUGAAUGUAUUUGUUUUUGAAACUUGUAUUUCUGCACUUUUAAAAGUGUUUACCAUUUAAUAAAGCUUUACCUGACCUGUAGAUGAAAAUAUAUUCUUAAAAAUAUGCUUGUUAAUGUUGUUUAAGAAACCAAUGUAUUCAAGAUACCAUCUGGAAGUUGUGAUUUAAAAUAUUUUUGUUUUGUGAGAUAAAAUCAGCAUUUGGGGCAGUUUAUUUAAUUCUUAUUUAAAUAUAACUAUGGGUUUGAUUAACAGUAUUAAGUGGAAAUAUGUAUAUACAUAUUUAAAAGGGAUCUUUCUUACAUAAAAUAAUUUGUUUUUAUAAUAGAGAUAUAGAGUUGGGUGGGUUUUUCUCAUUCUGAAAUUUAGACCUCAUCAACUAUUUUAAGUCUGCCGUCUAAGAUUUUGUGUCUGUGUUGUCUUUUAUAUAGAGUGUAACAAAGUGAGAGAAUAUACAUUAUUGGCAACUUCUUUUUUGGUGGCUUGUUUACUGUAAAUCGUACCACUUAAACUUUAAAUUGUCUACUUUGUAUGUCAUUGCUUUAAAUUUGCUUUGUGAAAGGAGGUAAAUGUUUCAGUAACUGUCAGAGCGUUUUGUUGAAGACCAUCAUGCUGUUAUUUCAGUACCAGAGUAAGUCGUGGUUGAUGGGCGAUGUAUACACUGGCAGACAUUUAGAAUAGUAAUGAUGCUUUAAACUUAAAUGUAAAUGAGAUUAUUCUUUUAAGAACUUUUAUUUAAAUGUGUGUUUUUCUGUAAGAAAUAAUAAAAUGAUAGUAAUUAAGUAAUACUUAGUACUAUAUUAAAUACAUGUUCUUCCUGUUUUGUAAUUAUAUGUUAAGUUCGUUUCAUCCUGAUUAUUUCAGAAGUUCAGAGAUAAGUGAAAUGCUCUCCGUGACCCUGAGUUUUUGUCGAGUCCUCAGUAGAGAUUCCUUCAGUACCCUACUAACCUGAACUAAUUCAUUGUACGCACGCUGGUACAGUCUCCACUUCUAGCGAGUAUGCCAAGGAUGUGGACGUUUCACUCCUUUGUCAACAGAGAGCAGUAUGUUGUACUAGAAAACCACGGGCCUUAGAAUCAGAGAUCUGAAUUGUAAUUUUGCCACCUAAUCCCAUUACCUUCUCAGCUGAGUUCCUUAGCUUCCCUGAGCUCAGCUUCCUCAUUUAUAAAAGGGAUACUCAUACCUGCUCGAUAAGAUUCUAUAACUAAAUAAGGUAAUAUAUGUAAAACACUUGAAUCACCAUAGGCACUUAAUAAGUGUAGCUUCCUUGUUGACCCUUAAAACAGUGGGUUUCAUAGUGUUGUCAGACCAGCAGCCUCAGCAACACUUGGGAACUUGUUAGAAACGCAUAUUCUCAGGCCCCACCCCAGACCCACUGAAUCAGAGACCGUGGGGAUUAGCACCCUGGAGUCUGUGGUUGAACAAGUCUUUCAGGUGAUUCUAAUACAUGCUAAAGUUUGAGAACCACUGUUGGGGAGAGAAUGGUUGACUACUAUAAGUUUUCUAAAAUUCUAAGACUAUUUUUGACCUAUAGGCAAGAGAAUCCUGCAGUGUUUUUUAUUUGGUAGAUAAAAAUGCAACAAUAUGCUUUGAAAACAUAAGUAUACUUGAGUAAGUUUAUUGACGUAAAACCCAGAUUUACCUCUGAAGAUACGUAAUUGAAAUAACUAUUAUUUAUGCGUUUUUGUCUGACUUUCUGUCCUAGUAAUCUUAAUUUGUAAAGAACAUGCUUACUUUGGAAAGCAAAUUAAAAUGACUACUGUUUGCUGUCUUUAUAAUGUUAUCUACCUCUUAGUUACCCUUUCUUUUUUUUAAGCUAGCUUUUUAAAAUCAUCAUUUUCUUUACUCAAUCCUAUUUUUCUGUCUCUAGUCAUAUGGAAUAGGGACAAUACUAAAAAUGAUAUAUGAAUUACGUCCAAGGCAAUGGUUUGAUGAAGUCUAGAUGUGUUUUUAAUCUGUAGGUAUUUAAGUCCUAUUAGGAAAAUUAUCUUCCUAAAACUAUGACCUCAGUCUAAUCUUAAAGAAGACAUCAAAUUCCAGUACAGGAGCAACCUACAAAAUACUUGAACAGUACUCCUCCAAACUAUCAAGGUCAUCAAAAAAAGAGAGAAAGUCAGAGAAACUGUCGUACCCAAGGAACUGAGCCCAACGGGACACAACAAGUAAACGUAAUGUGGGAUCCAGGAACAGAAAAAAGAUACUAGGUAAAAACUAAGGAUAUAUGAAUAAACUAUGGAUUUUAAUAAUAAAGUAUCAAUAUUCAUUUAUUAAUUGUAACAAAUGUAUCCUGUGUACGAUGUUAAUGGAGAAACCGGGAGAGGGCAUAUAUGGAAAUUCUGUACUACUCAGUUUUCCUGUAAAUCUAAACUAUUCUAAGAAAUAAAACCUUAAAAAAUUA